AUGUCUGAUACCGAAGAGCAGAAGGUUGUCUUUAAGACUGUCGGAUUCGACCCCCGAUUCCCCAACCAGAACCAGACCAAGCACUGCUGGCAAAACUACGUCGACUACUUCAAGUGCAUCAACGCCAAGGGUGAGGAGUUUGAGCCUUGCAAGGUCUUCUGGCGAUCAUACAACUCUCUGUGCCCCCAGGACUGGAUUGAGAAGUGGGACGGCCAGCGAGAGAAGGGCAACUUUGCCGGUGAUCUUAACCCUUAA